AUGGGUGAUAUGGCCAAUAGUUCGGUUGAGUUUUACCCCAAGAAGCAGCGAGGCAGUGGAGCCGGCGGAGUAGGAGGAGGAGAGGGCGGCCACGGCGAAUUCGGAGCCACCCUAGAGGAGCUCAGGGCAUUAAUGGAGCUCCGGGGAGCUGAGGCCCUGCAGAAGAUUCAGGAGAGCUACGGUGACACAGAGGGCCUCUGUCGUAGACUCAAGACUUCACCCACAGAUGGCCUGUCGGAUAACCCAACGGACUUGGAAAAACGCGGGCAAGUUUUUGGACAGAACUUCAUCCCGCCGAAGAAACCCAAAACCUUUCUGCAGCUGGUGUGGGAGGCCCUACAGGACGUGACUCUCAUUAUUCUAGAAAUCGCCGCCAUCAUCUCCCUUGGCCUGUCCUUCUAUCAGCCUCCUGCCGAGGAAAGCGAAGCAUGUGGUAAUGUAUCUGCUGGAGCAGAAGAUGAGGGUGAGGCAGAAGCUGGCUGGAUUGAGGGAGCUGCUAUCCUGUUAUCAGUACUGUGUGUUGUGCUGGUGACAGCCUUCAAUGACUGGAGUAAGGAGAAACAGUUCCGUGGGCUACAGAGCCGCAUUGAGCAGGAGCAGCGCUUUGCUGUGGUGCGAAAUGGCACCGUCAUCCAGAUCCCCGUGGCUGAGAUGGUGGUGGGAGAUGUAGCUCAAGUCAAAUACGGUGACCUUCUGCCAGCUGAUGGUAUACUGAUUCAGGGCAAUGACCUGAAGAUUGACGAGAGCUCCCUCACUGGAGAGUCUGACCAUGUCCGCAAAUCUGUCGACAAGGAUCCCAUGUUGCUGUCAGGCACCCAUGUUAUGGAAGGUUCUGGAAAGAUGGUGGUGACAGCUGUGGGUGUGAACUCACAAACUGGAAUCAUUUUCACUCUUCUCGGAGCUGGAGAAGCAGAGGAGGAGAAGAAGGACAAGAAAGAGGGCAAUAGUAGGUCAUCUAUGCAGUUUCCUGCAGUCGAAGCAAAAGAGACCAACAUCACCAAUGGAAAACAAGAUGGAACAUUGGAGAACAAUCAAAAUAAAGCCAAGAAACAGGAUGAAGCAGUUGCCAUGGAAAUGCAGCCCCUGAAAAGUGCUGAAGGUGGAGAGGUGGAAGAAAAGGAGAAGAAGAAAGCCAACGUACCCAAAAAAGAAAAGUCUGUGCUCCAGGGCAAACUCACCAAGCUGGCAGUGCAGAUAGGGAAAGCAGGAUUGGUGAUGUCAGCCAUUACAGUGAUCAUCUUGGUGUUGUACUUUGUGAUUGAGACCUUUGUGGUACAGGGCCGCUCAUGGCUCACCGAGUGUACACCCGUAUAUGUACAGUAUUUUGUGAAGUUCUUCAUCAUUGGAGUCACGGUUCUGGUGGUGGCUGUGCCCGAGGGCUUGCCACUGGCCGUCACUAUAUCACUGGCCUAUUCCGUAAAGAAAAUGAUGAAGGAUAACAAUCUUGUCCGCCAUUUGGAUGCUUGUGAAACAAUGGGUAAUGCUACAGCUAUCUGCUCAGACAAGACAGGGACCCUCACAACAAAUCGCAUGACGGUGGUCCAGGCCUACGUGGGCGACCAACACUUCCAUGAGAUCCCGGAUCCUGAUCAGAUUAACAGCAACACUCUAGAGCUGAUUGUCAGCGCAAUCGCCAUCAACUGCGCGUACACCUCUAAGAUUAUGCCUGCAGAUAAGGAAGGGGGCUUGCCCAAGCAGGUUGGAAAUAAGACAGAAUGUGCUCUGCUGGGCUUUGUGCUGGACCUGAAGAGAGAUUACGCCACGGUGAGGGAGCAGAUCCCUGAGGAGAAGCUCUACAAAGUCUAUACCUUCAACUCCGUUCGCAAAUCCAUGAGCACCGUCAUUCAGCUACCCGAUGGUUCCUUCCGCGUCUACAGCAAAGGCGCCUCAGAGAUUUUGCUCAAAAAAUGCUCCACUAUUAUUGCUGCAGGAGGUGAGCCAAGGCCUUUUCGUCCGCGGGAUCGGGAUGAGAUGGUAAAGAAGGUGAUUGAGCCAAUGGCUUGUGAUGGUCUCCGCACCAUCUGCAUUGCCUACAGGGAUCUUCCUGCAGAGCCGCAUCCUGAUUGGGACAAUGAGGCAGACAUCAUUACCAACCUCACCUGCAUCACCGUGGUUGGCAUUGAAGAUCCUGUUCGCCCUGAGGUGCCAGAAGCUAUCAGAAAGUGCCAGCGAGCCGGCAUCACAGUACGAAUGGUGACUGGGGACAAUAUUAACACAGCACGGGCCAUUGCUGCCAAAUGUGGAAUCAUUCAACCUGGGGAUGACUUCAUCUGCAUGGAGGGCAAAGAUUUUAAUCGACGAAUCAGAAAUGAGAAAGGAGAGGUUGAGCAGGAGCGGAUUGACAAAAUUUGGCCCAAACUACGAGUUUUGGCCCGUUCUUCUCCGACAGACAAACACACUCUUGUUAAAGGUAUUAUAGACAGCACCAUAGUGGAACAGAGGCAGGUAGUGGCAGUGACUGGAGAUGGCACUAAUGAUGGACCAGCACUGAAGAAAGCUGACGUGGGCUUUGCCAUGGGCAUUGCUGGGACGGACGUAGCGAAGGAAGCCUCUGAUAUCAUUCUGACGGAUGAUAACUUCAGCAGCAUUGUGAAAGCAGUCAUGUGGGGCCGUAAUGUUUACGACAGCAUCUCUAAGUUCCUCCAGUUUCAACUCACUGUAAAUGUGGUUGCCGUCAUCGUAGCGUUCACUGGCGCCUGUAUCACUCAGGACUCUCCUCUGAAGGCAGUUCAAAUGCUGUGGGUGAAUCUGAUCAUGGACACAUUUGCGUCUCUGGCCCUGGCCACCGAGCCGCCCACAGAGGCCCUGCUGCUGAGGAAGCCCUAUGGCCGAAACAACCCCCUCAUCUCACGCACCAUGAUGAAAAACAUCCUCGGCCACGGAGUCUACCAACUCAUCAUCAUCUUCACCCUGCUCUUUGUGGGAGAGAAGAUAUUCAACAUUGACAGUGGGCGUAAUGCCCCCCUUCACUCCCCUCCUUCAGAGCACUACACCAUCAUCUUCAACACCUUCGUCCUCAUGCAGCUUUUUAACGAGAUCAACGCGCGCAAGAUCCACGGAGAGAGAAAUGUCUUUGAUGGCAUUUUUGGCAAUCCAAUUUUCUGCGGUAUUGUGCUUGGAACCUUCGCAGUGCAGAUUGUGAUCGUACAGUUUGGCGGGAAACCAUUCAGCUGUGCUCCUCUUAACGUGGAGCAGUGGCUCUGGUGUCUGUUUGUGGGAGUAGGAGAGCUGCUCUGGGGACAGGUUAUUGCUACGGUGCCAACCAGUCAUCUGAAGUGUCUGAAAGAGGCUGGCCAUGGGCCGGAUGUAGAUGAAAUCUUGGAUGAAGAUCUGGCUGAAGAUGAGGAGGAGAUCGACCUCGCCGAGAGAGAGCUAAGACGUGGGCAGAUUCUCUGGUUCAGAGGACUAAACCGCAUCCAAACUCAGAUGGAGGUAGUGAGUACCUUCAAGAGAAGUGGUUCGUUUCAGGGUGCUGUGCGUCGACGUUCCUCAAUUCUCAGCCAACUCCAUGACGUAACCAAUAUUUCUACUCCCACACACGUAGUUCUCUCCACUGCCAAUGCAACUGGUGCCCCCGGGAGUGAGUUCUUACGUUCCGUUAACGGCACCACAUAG